AUGGGUGUAGAUAUCGUCUAUGAACAGGUGCAGUAUGAACAUCAUCAUCAGCAAAUGAAUGGUUCAUUAUUGAUGAAGAAGAAAGAGAAGAAGAUCAGAGCUAAGAAUAUGUAUAAAUGGUCAUCUUUUUCAUCAGAUAUGGAUCAAGAAAAACUGAUGAUUCAUCACGAGAUUGUGGAUCUGAGUAGCAUGUCAAUGAAUACUUUUCCAACUACUUUAAAUUUUCAUCUCAUCAACAAUAAUAUUAUUAAUAUGGCUGCCAUCUCCAAAUUAGAUCUCUCUAAUAACAAUCUUCAGGAGAUACCAGAGUCCGUAACGGCAAGGUUACUAAACUUAACAGAAUUGGAUAUUCGGUCAAAUGAGUUAAAGUCUCUUCCAAACUCAAUUGGUUGUUUAUCAAAACUCAAGAUCCUCAAUAUCUCAUGCAAUCUUAUUUCAUCUUUCCCUAAAACAAUCGAAAACUGUAAGUCAUUGGAAGAACUAACAGCUAAUUUCAAUCUCUUAAACAAGUUACCCGACACAAUUGGUUUCGAACUUACAAAACUAAAGAAACUCUCCAUCAAUUCCAACAAGCUCAUUUUCCUACCUUACUCCACUUGUCACCUCACCAACCUUCGUCUACUAGACGCUCGUCUCAACCACCUCCAUUCUCUACCCGACGAUCUCGAGAACCUUGUAAACCUCGAGAUCCUCAAUGUUUCUCAAAAUUUUCAAUACCUACAAACACUUCCUUACUCUAUUGGUCUACUCUUGUCUUUAAAAGAACUCGAUGUAAGUUACAACAACAUAACACAAUUGCCAGACUCAAUCGCGUGUAUCAAGAAACUUCAGAGGCUUAGUGUUGAAGGAAAUCCUCUAGUUUCCCCACCGAUGAAUGUGUGUGAGAAAGGACUACAUGAGGUGCAACAAUAUUUAGGACAAAAGAUGUAUAAUAAGGGGUCGUGUUCAACAAUGAACAAGAAAAAGGCGUGGUUGGUAAAGUUGGCUAGAUGGAGUACCUUUAAUGGGGCGUGUGUUGCUAGUAAGUUUUCUGACCAAGAAUAUCGUAGAGAAGGAGGAUGGAGAUUGUCGAACAUUUCUUCACCUUCUCGAUCGGUUGGUGACUCUCCUACUUUCUUUGGCAUGUCUUCACCUCUACAUAUGUUAUCUCCAAGGAAAUACUUCAAGAGAUCAUAG